GUGAAGGAGAGACAAAGUGGGUCCUGCAGAGUCCAACAUUCUUCAGGAUCCAGGAGGAAUAUUCUGAGUCCCUCAGAGUCCAACAACAUUUCACAAAGUCCUGGGAAGUCAGGCAGAGUCCUGGAGAAUUUGCAGACUCACAACCCUGUCCUCUGAUUGGCUGACGUCUCUGUCAUCACCAUGGCGCACCUUUUCCUCACGAGUAAGCUCAGCAUGCCAGAUGGACUCCACGGCAAAGGUGGUCCCAGAAUCCCCAGGAGCUCCUUGAGGGCGCCACCAUCCUCCCUCCAUGGGAGCAGGGAUAAAAUCAGGAGGGACACCCUCAUCACGACACGCAUCCCCCACGUCAACGAGGGUCAGCUGACUGCCGCCACAGGGGGCGCCGAGAUGUCCUGCUACCGCUGCACAGUACCGUUCGGUGUGGUGGUCCUGAUCGCUGGAGUGGUGGUGACGGUGGUGGCGUACACCUUCAACUCUCACGGCUCCACCAUCUCUGUGUUGGGUCUGGUGCUGCUGUCCGCUGGGCUGGGGCUGCUCGGCUCCAGCGCCAUCUGCUGGAGGCUGCGGCUUAAGAAAAAGAAGAUGGACACGCGUAGGGAGAGUCAGGCCGGACUUGUGACCAGUCAGGCGUACUCUGUGGCGUGA